AAUAACGCACCGGAUGAAGAAAAAAAUCUACAAAGAUAAUUUGAGCAGUACGCAAGGCAAAGACAUUUCUUUAGGUUCCGUUCCUCCGUGAAUAGCCAAACAUGCCGCGUCUCAUCUCUUCCAUAAGACCCAGGUUUACUUCUUUGUCUAGAUUGUGAUUUCUUCCUCGGUAUGUCAAUUCAGGGUUCAAAAUCAACUAGCUUUCUUUCGUAAUCUCUCUGCGCCCUCACCAAAUUUACUUUCCUUAUUUCUUGAUCGUUGCAGUUCGGAUUCUAAAGAUUAUUACAAUGUUCUUGGGGGUUUUCUAGGGUUUUGUUCACUUGAACUUAUUGGGGGGAUUGGUGAUGUCUUGUCAUUCUCCAGAUCCUCCCAGCUACUGCUCUUCUUUCUCGCCUGAGUUGAAGCUCUACCAGGCUUUUAUCUUUUCAGUGCCAAUUUUCUUCGCCUUUGUCAUUUUGUUCUUGUUCUACGUGUUCUUCAUGAGGAGAAGAGCAAGUUGGCAGUCUCUUAGAAUGAGAACAACAAACUUGACCAGGGGAGAGCACCUAAGACCAUCGGAGUUAGGUGUAACAAAAGAACUGAGGGAGAUGCUUCCAGUGGUUGUUUUCAAGGAGAGUUUCUCGGUCAGAGAAACUCAAUGUUCUGUGUGUUUGGGGGAUUAUCAAGCAGAAGAUCGGCUGCAAAGGCUACCCCAAUGUGGGCACACCUUCCAUGUGGAUUGUAUUGACCAUUGGCUUGUCAGCAAUACUACCUGCCCUCUCUGCAGGAUCUCACUAAUUCCAGCCAUAAAAGCUGCUGCUGAUUCUGUGAAUCAGGAGUAUCAGGAAAACCAAGCAGAUGGAUCACAACGGCAAUCCUUUGCUGUUCAUGACAAUGUAGAUCUAGAAAGUGAAAGAAACUUUGACGAUGAAUUAAGAGCCGAUGAUAUACCAAGAGAACUGGAAUUUUCCAGGCAUGAUGAGGGAAGAUCGGUUGUGAUUGGUGUUGAUGACCAUGAUGGCUUUGAGGAAAAUCAUAGAUAAAGUUAAAGAACCUUAUUAUUUCAUAAUAUUUGAAUAGCUCAGUGUAAUAAUCUGCCAUUGCCACUCUUUGAGAUUGGCUGAUGAUAUGUUUGUAAUUUUAUGUAGAAGUAGUGCUUGUGUGUACAGCAUUCCAUGCUUCUCAUCUUGGAUCUUGGAGCCUUCUCAACUUUAGGCUUCGUUUGGGAUGACUUUCUUACUGCUUAAAGCAGCUAUUUAGUAGUAAAAAGUUGUUUUAAGAAGUACUAAGAAAGCCAUCUCAAACGAAAUCUUAGUUUUUGAUAUGCCUUGCAGUCUCAAAGUAAAUAUGUAAGCUAUCUGUA